AUGAACUCACAUCUCAGUAUUUCAUCACAGACUACCCAGACCUCGUCGGUGUUUUCCGGUGAAGAUGACGGGUUCGAUGCCAGAAUCAAGGAAAUCGAGGACUACUACAUGCGUACGUUGCUGGAUGAGGAACAACCGGAUUGGUCACAGCAGAAAGAAAAAGUGGUACACCAGCAACGACAGGUCCAAGAUCUAGACCAGGUGGCUGCUCCUUCUGCUUUCGCUGCAUCGCAGCUGGAAGUGCAGAUUAAUUCUCAUUACAUGCCUGCCACCGGAGUAUUGCCGUUGACAAGCGAAAAUCUGAAACUUUUGCAAAACCCCAAACUGGCCCCACAGCGUCCGGAGUGUCUGGGUGCUGCAUCUGAAAAAUGCAACAAGACCCUGUACAAGACCGAAUUGUGCGAAUCGUUUUCCACCACAGGCCAAUGUCGGUACGGCAAUAAUUGCCAGUUUGCCCAUGGACUGCAGGAACUCAAAUUCAAAGAACGCAGCAACAAGUUCAGAACUAAACCCUGCGCGAAUUGGCUCAAAACGGGCUCGUGUCCUUACGGCCAACGGUGCUGCUUCAAACACGGCGACGACAUCGACAUCAAAGUGUACCUGCAGGCAGGUCACAUCUCGAACUCACCGCUACAACACCAACAACAACACCACCACAAUCAUUUUUCGCACAGCCCUGCGUCGGGACGCAGAAACAAACACGCCAACGUCCAGGCUUUGCAAAAAAUGGCCUGGUGA